UCAGCUGCUGACUGCUGCUGCUGUCAGGGAAGGAGAGUGGGGGCUGUUAGCAACGAGUUGGACUCUCGGGCAGACAGUGUGUGAGGAGGGAGCUUCAACAUGAAAUCAAGCCAAAGUAAAUUGGAUCCAGCAAGGGCUGACAAAGCCUCAAAAUCACAGUCCAGCACUGCAGGGUUUGGAUGGUUUGGUUGGAUUCUAAUAUUCCUCUCCGUCAUCUUUGUCCUUGCAACUCUACCCCUCUCAAUCUGGUCCUGUUUACAGGUUGUCAAAGAGUAUGAAAGAGCUGUGAUAUUUCGAUUGGGCCGUAUUGUUCAAGGGAGAGCAAAAGGCCCAGGUGUUUUAUGGAUUUUACCUUGUACUGAUACGGUUAGUCUAGUUGACUUGAGGACAAUGUCAUUUUCUGUCCCACCACAAGAGGUAUUAACGAAAGACUCUGUCACGAUUAUGGUGGAUGCUACUGUCUACUAUCGUAUCUUCGAUCCUGUGUUGUCAGUCAUCAGUGUGAUCAAUGUGGACAGCGUUACUCACCUGCUGGCCCAGACGACAUUGCGGAACAUUCUGGGCACCAAAAGCCUGUCAGACAUUCUCUCUGAUCGGGAACACAUGGCGCAGGAGUUGGAGCUUCUCCUGUUCGAUGCAUCGAAGGGAUGGGGGAUUAAGGUUGAGCGAGUGGAGUUUAAAGAUGUCAGACUGCCGGUGGCUUUGCAAAGAGCGAUGGCAGCCGAGGCCGAAGCUGUGAGGGAUGCCCAUGCCAAGGUGAUCGCUGCGGAAGGUGAGUUGAACGCCUCCCAUGCCCUCAAAGAGGCAGCCACGGUGAUGUCAAUGAGUCCAAACACCUUGCAGCUCCGCUACCUCCAGACGCUCUCCGAAGUUGCUUCAGAGCGACACUCCACCAUCAUGUUCCCAGUGCCGAUCAACAUGGCGUUAGCCUUCUCCAAGAACUGAAGUGACCCCUUGGCCGUGGGAGGGCUGAAUGCCAGGAGUUGUAGUUGGGCUGCAGUGCGGGUCAUGUAAAAAGCUAACCUGAUGGGACUGUUCAAGAAACCUGCACUGUUAGAUGUUGGUCAUUUACAUGGGCUCACCAUGCACUCUGUGUGCAAAAAAGCCAGCUCUUUUGUGGCUCUUCUCCUUAGCAGAUGGCUCUUAGAUUUUGUGCUCUCUCUCCCUCUUUCUCUCUGGGUGACCAUUCAUGUGCUGAUUGGCUGCGGAACCUAAUACAUAAUACCUUUCCACGGAAUUUUUAAAAAAUUUAAAUGAGGAAGAUGGCAUUGCCUGAUAGGUUUUAGAGGGCUACUAGAAAGUGAAUGAUCUUACAGUCCAGAGCUAUCAAGCUCUGAUGAAGUAUUUAAGCAGGAGGCUGGAAGAACACAGCAAGCCAGGCAGCUUCAGGAGGUGGAGAAGUCAGCGUUUCGAGUAUGACCCUUUUUAAGGCUUGCUGUGUUCUUCCAGCCUCCUGCUUGUCCACGUUGGAUUUCAGCAUCUGCAAUUUUUUUGUCCCUAACUGGAGAAGUAUUUGGCUUCCAAUUGACAACAAACAAUAGUAAAAUAAAAUCAUCAGGUUUGGGCAAUGCUUGUAAACUUGACAUUUAGUUAGAGAUACGGGUGAUUACAUGGUGGAAAAAAAGUGUUCAGGGGAGCGUAAAAGUGCUUCUGGAUAGAAAGAAGGAAAGAAGUAAAAUUGUCACUUCCGAUGUCUCUGAACUGUAUAUUCCUGGAUGUCACCUUUCAUCAUUCAAAACACUAGUUAGGAUUAGUCGAAAAGGUGAGAGAAAAGGGCUAGUCAAUGGACACAAAGAGAAGGUGGUGAACGAGUACCAGUUUUGUAGUCACUGAAGUAGACUUUCUGCCAUCACACCUCUCAUUGUGUACAAACUGGGUUAGGCUUGGUACCAGCAGCACCUGAAAAGCUUGAAUUGUCGCUUAUUCUCUGAGUGCACGCCAGAUGUGCAGUGAACAGCUUUUGCCAAGUGUGCAUGUGACUAACAUCCCCUCUGUGAGCCCUUUGACAUUUGACAUGUUCUGUUUGGUUCAGCUGUGUCAGACAUUUUAGCUUGUUUUUUUUAAAGG